AUGGGGGCUCCAGCAAAGCAACAGGGCUUUCCAAAUGACUCUUUCUUCAAAGAAAUUCUCAGGAGGGCAAAGUUGUCGUCCUCUGAUGACUGGUUCAUUCAUGACCCAGCCAACAAUAUCAAAACCACAUACACGCAGCUCCUGCAGGAUGUGUUGACUUUCAAAGCCACAUUGCGCAAUUCACUGUCUGUCGACACAUUACGUGGCCUGGACAGUUCCGAGGAGGAAACUGGAUUGAAUUUCUUCAUCUUCGCCCCUUCCGGCUACUAUUUCCUGGUAGCGUUUCUUGCCGUCCUUGCCUUGGGAGGUGUAGCGGUUCCUCUAGCCCACAACAUCAAUGUCGAAGAAGCUUCCUAUCUUCUACAGAAAUUCCGUGCCGUCUGUCUGCUGUCCACGCCACAGCAGCAGAGUACUAUUCAGAAAAUCCUAGCCCACGCCAAUAAGGCCAACGGGGCCACCCCGUUGAGCGUGGAACUCCCUUUCAAGGAUGAGACAUCCACCGAUGAUACCACCGCAUUGAGAAUUGAUAACGAUACCGGCUUCCCCCCUGGCCGUGCCGCUACACUGAUGUUCAGCUCAGGAACCACCGGUCCGCCCAAAGGCAUCGUCCACUCCCGACGGUACUGGUGUGCGUUGGCCGACAGCUCGGCGCCCCGAACAUCGGCUGAGGGCUCGUUGUCUCUAAGUACGCGCGCCAUGCAUUGGACCGGGGGUCUUCGUCCCGACGUGCUUUCUCUCUUGGGAGGAUGCCGGAUCGAAUACCUCAACGAUAGACCCGUCAAUGGCAGCGCGCUGUGGGAACGGCUGCGAAAGAAAGGGGUCACGGCGCUGGCGUUAAACCCGAUCAUGUGGAAUCGUAUGAAGCAGCACUACGACGAUAAUCUUUCCGCACUCCCCACGGAGGAGCUACAUGGGUAUGUCUCUGCGGCUCGAGCUCUAGACAUGGCGUCCUCGGUUGGGGGCUUUGUCAUUGGACCAGUGCAGCUGUUUUGGAGGAAGAUGUUGGGAAAUCGUUCGUUACAGAUCUUCUAUGCCACGACAGAAGCUGCGCCGAUUAUGUUGCAGCCUUUUGGGGCUAAUGAGGAUAGCGAUGAGCGUGUCAUCGGCACUCCUUGUGCCAAUGUGGAAGUCAAGUUAUCUGAAGGCCACCAUGGAGAAAUCCUAGUCAAAGGCCCGUUCCUUUUUUCCUGCUACUACGAGGACGAGAAGAAAACACGAGAGGCAUUCGACGAAAACGGGUUCUACAGAACAGGGGACUUGGGCCAUUUCAAUGGAAAGCACUACAUCAUCGACGGUAGGGAGUCGACCGACAUGAUUCAGUUUUGCUUCUGGAAUAUCCCCGGCCUUGAACUGCAAAGCCAUAUUCUCUCCUUGCCUUAUAUCGAAGAGGCCUAUGUGCUGUCGGUCCCGGACAUCCAAGUCCGCACGCGGGCGGCUGCUCUGAUCCGACUCAAAGGACCCAGCAAGAAGCUCCCUCUCCAUAAGCUGAGAUCGGACCUGUCCGCCACCAUGCCCCUCUACAAGCUCCCUACACUCAUGCGGGCCCUUGAUGAGCAUGAACAAUUCCCCAUGACUGAGUCGGGGAGAUUGCAGAUCAAAGAGGCACUCCGGAUGUACUUCCCGCAGACCGUGAAUGAGCGGAUUGAGGACCUACCUCCUCAGGUCGAGGUGUGGGACAUCACGAAGGAAGUCUCAGAUAAGCCCCUGCGUCCGUGGGACUGGUCUGGGCUGCCGUUGGAGCUGAUUCCUCGCUGA